AGCGCGGCGGGACGAGGAGCGGGAAGAAAUGGGGGCGCCGUUGUACUAGAAUUUUUGGGGGAAGGGUUGUUGCUGUGGCUGCUUAUUUAGCGCUUUGUGUCUAACGGUCCGGCUGGAACGUUGUGAAUCUGCGCUCUGACGUCAGAAGUUCUGGGCUCGGAAUUGGUGAAGCAGAGGCAGUGUUUGCUGCGGUCCGCUCACCUGUAGAGUCCUCAGCUUGACCUGUAACCGGCACCGUAAACCGUAACCGAGCCCUUAACCCUCCCCAUCGCCCAGCACCGCAGACGGGUUACUGUUGCGGAAGAAGCGUUGACAUAAUCCGCCCUUGUCAUGGGUGAUGUUCGCACUCACUUAACCCCUGAGACGCCUGGCCGAGCCGCUGUUCUGAAUCCGUUUGAGAGUCCCAGCGAUUAUUACAGCUUGCAAGAGCCUUUUGUUUCGAGCCCGACCGUGUUCAAGCCUGCGAAGUCCUCUGCUACCCCACGGCAAUUCCGAUGGUCAAUUGAUCAGCUUGCUGCAAUAAACCCUGUUGAGAUUGACCCAGAGGACAUCCAUCGCCAGGCUUUGUACUUAAGCCAUGCCAAAACUGAUAAGGAAAUAGAAGAAAGAAGACAAAAAGCUAUAGAAGAGUUUUUUCUGAAGCGAACAAUUGUUCCUUCACCAUGGACUCAACACGAAGGGAAGCAGGCUGUCCAGUUUCAUUCAACAAAAUGUGUUGAUCUUCAUAAUGAAUCUCCAUUAGGUAGAAUCCACUCCAUUCAGCCUGGAAAGAGCACAGUUGGAUGUCAAACACAAUUGUCAUUACCAGUAGACUUUAAUUUGGAAAAAGUAUUGGGUGAAUAUUUUCGGGCUGGAGAAAAUGCAGAUCACUCUCAGGAAAACCUAAGCUCUGCAUCUCUAAGAAGAAAGUUGUUUUUGGAUGGACAUGUCAGUGGGUCAGAGUGUUCCUUGCCACCAUCUCCCCAGGUAGAACUUUGUGAAAUCCCGGCCGCCUCUCUUGGAGUUCUGUGCUCAAUAGACCUGUCACCUGUGCGCUGUAGAAGUCCUAUGCAGACUCCAAGUUCGGGCCAGUUUUCUUCAAGUCCAAUCCAGGGAGGAAGAAGAGCUUAUAGUUUAGGGAGUAACACAAGCCCCACUUUCUUGGAACAUUCUCCAUCUAGAGUCACUUCUCCAGCAUUCUCUCCUAUAGCUGUUCGCAUGGAAGAACAGAAAAAGCUUUCUUUUCCAUCGCCUGACACACUCUCCGCCUCCAAAUCCAUGGUUUUCUCUUGUGCAGGAAGCCCUUAUAUUGAAGGCUGCUCUCCAAUAAAAAACUUCUUCCAGAUCAGGUCAAGAGUCUGCAGGGGAAAUUCACAGUACAGGACUUCCCUGUUUCAGAUACCUUUUGCCCUUGACCGUCCUGAAGAAGAUAAAGAAAACUCUCCACCUUCUAGCAUUUUGUCAGAAGGCGAUAAUGCAGGGCACAAUUUGGACAUCUAUCCACCUGACGUGCAACUGGUAAAGGACAACAUACCAGUUGUAUCUGCUGAUGUGUGUGAACUGCAAGGUUCUCCGCCAAUUACAGAAGAACUGAAAGACAAUGACACUGUAGAAAUGGUUGAUCCUGUAGAAGAUGACCACAUUUGGGUGAAGGAUGGAGCUGUUACUGGCAACACCCCAAUGACCAGCUUCAUGAAUGGCAUGACCUUUAGCGUUGAAAGUUCUCAUAUGUGCAUGUCUCCCUUAGCUGAAAGCAGUGUUAUACCAAGUGAGAGCAGCAGCAUCCAGGUGGACAGUGGUUACACUACACAGACGUGUGGAUCCAGUAUUAUGGAUGGAAUAGAUGGAGCUUGCAAGGAAAAUGAGUUUCCGCAGUAUGAAAUCCACAGCCGCCCUCAAAACCUAAGACUUAAGGAGUAUUCUGGCGUCGACUUUAAAAGUCACUUCGGACAAAAAGAACUUGAUUCCCCAGAAUGUCAAAAGCAUACUCAGAAAGCUGGUGGCAGAUUAAUUGUACCUACAGUCAACAACCCUGGGGCAUGGAAACUGUACAACGAACACCCCUUUAACAGGUUACAGAAGAAUGUAAGACACCAGAGUCCCCCAAAUAUAGUUGAUGGAAAACCGUUAACACAGAACCUGCAAUAAUUUCAAGCCAAUCGGAUGUUUUUCGUUCAUUGCUAAUAAAUAUGUGAAUAGUAUGGGGUGCACCGUGUUGCGUAUGACGAGUUGGAUAUAAGGACGUAUUUAUGCAUGUGGUACAAUGGAUUCUACAAGCGUUCCUCAAGAACCUUUUUGGGACUGAUUUUCGGACUUAAUAAACGAAGCAGAAUAAUGCGGUAACAGGCGUUGGUGGGAUGUCUCUCGUAGUGGUAUGGCACUAAAACUAGUUGGCUUUUCAGGAAGGGAUGUAAAGCAAAUGUUUAUUUGCAUGAAAGUGUGGCCAUUUUUAAAAGCAAAAUGAUGUUUAGAAACAUGAGGAUCUUGUAACAGAAGGUGCAGCACACAAA